AUGGCUCCUAAAAAUACAAAACCUGUUCCUCAACAUAUUCUUGAUACUAAUCCUGCUUCUGAAAAUAAAACACCACAUGAACGAACAAAUCGAUUAGCACGUAUUCGAUAUACUAUUAAUAAAUAUUAUGAAUUAAAUCUAAAUUUAAUUCAAGAAAAAUCUCAAGCAAGUUCUUCUAUUCAAUUAGAUAAUGAACAAUUUGAUGAUGAAUUUGAAGAAUUUGAUAAUGAAGAAUUUGAUCCUAAUCAAAUUUCAAUUUAUUGA